AGUCCAGUUGCGCAUUUACACCACAUCAUAAUGGCCACGAUAGUGCGGGAGCUUUGGGGUGCGCACCCAAGUUUUCUAAAGGCACCCUCGAAGAGAAACCUUUUAGAGCUUAUUGCACAUCGACCUGAAGGCGGGGCUGGGUUACGAGUUGUGCCGACAAUUUGGUACGCCAAGGGAUGGCAUGACUGCUACUGGACGGUGACAGAGACGAAGUUGAAAAAUGACAUGGCGCAUGGGAAGGUGUACGGACGACUGACAUGGCGAGGGACGGAGGUCGAGAAGAAUGGUCAGAUUCGGACCGCAUUGAAACAUAAAUGGCACAUUUACGAACCACCACAUGAGUUGGGGACUCUGGAGGAAAAGUUAGGGAUCCCAAGAGAUGCACCAUCGGCGUGAUUUUGUUGUAGAUAGAGACGGAGAUGUUCGACAUUCAACUAUUUAAAAAUAUCUUCUUCAUGGUCUGGCGGUGAUCCAUUGGCCAUUGCUGGUUUGGGGCCUAGAGGCGAAGUUUGCUCUCCACAUGGUGGGAUACCGCUCCCUAAAAGGACAUCUGGAACUCCCCGAUCAGUUUGACUUCAUCGCUACGCUUAAAGGGUUGCAUCGUGCAAAGACUGACUAUCUGAG